UACAGGAGUAAAGUUAAUUCUUUUUGAAUUAACACUUCUUAAUGUAACAUUAUAUUUAUGUACACUCCUAAAAAAACUAAAGCCGAGGACGGCUUCUAUCCUAGAUCGCAAUAUGACAUCGGAUCCGCGUCGUUUAAUGAUUCUAACUCAUUCAAUUGUAUGACCCAGACCAGCAACGACGAGACCACUUACUAUACCCAAGUCGAUAAGCGCGUAAUUCUAAAUAAAAAUUUAGUGAAUUUUAACGUCGGAGGGAUUAAAUACACAACCACGAUGUCAACGCUAUCAAGUGAUCAGAAUUCGAAGCUAUAUAAAUAUGCAUACUUCACAAUUAACGGAAUAGAAACGCAUGAUAAGGAAUAUAAUUUUGAUGGUUUCUUUAAUUUCACGGACUCCAACUCCGGAGGCAUUGCAAACAUAUUUAUUGAUAGAGACGGGAAGAAUUUUCAGUACAUUUUAAACUUUCUCAGGGAUGGGGAAGUAAUUUGCCCAGAUGACCCUUUUGUAUACCAGUCUUUGCUCUCGGAAGCUAAAUUCUACACCCUUAGUAAAUUAGUUGAAGCCUUAUCUCGUAUUAUACACAAGCCUGAGGUCAUUUCUGACCCUAAACUUGAAAUUCCUGAACCUAUACCUGAAAUGGAGGAAGUUUCAUCUCAGAAAACUCAAUUUGAAUUUUGCGACAGUAUUCCCCUGACUCAAAACACCAAUUCUGAUGUAUUUUUACCACCUCAUAAUGUAUUUUUAAGAAUUGAAGAGAAUGAUAAUAUAGAAGAGUCUAUUCAAUUCGUUCAGACUACACCAGUGAGACUACUGGGUGAGCAGACGUUUUCUACCACCGCUGAUUUUUAAUGUACUAUAAGUUA